AUCAGAUCUUAGUAACAUUAGCAUUAGAAACAUCUAGAAGUGUCUAAAAAUGAUCUCUAAGGUUUUGUGCAUCGCGGCCCUUGCAGCUGUAGUGGUUGCUUACCACGACAAUGGUCAUGGGCACGGACAUGCUUUCUCAUCGCAGCACAUCUCUCGUCACGACGGACCCGCUGAAGUGGUGCAUGUACAAGGCCACGAUGGCAAAGGGCAUGGACACGAUGGUGGUCACGGACACGGAUCUAUUGACUACUAUGCGCACCCUAAAUACGAGUUUGACUACAAAGUAGAGGACCCUCAUACCGGUGACAAGAAGCACCAACACGAGUACAGAGAUGGUGAUGUGGUGAAGGGCGUGUACAGCCUGCACGAGCCCGACGGCUCUAUCAGAGUUGUUGAGUACCACGGCGACAAGCACAGCGGUUUCCAUGCCGACGUGAAGCACAGCACUCACCAUAUUGUGCCUAAACACGAGCAUCACUAAAUGAAUUCGUCCAAUGACACGUUGUACAUAAAUGUUGAUAAUUUUUGUUUAUACUGUUGUUGUCUGUUUCUUGUUGAAUAAUGUAUGAAAGAACUAUUCCGUUUUUUAUCGUUUUGUUACAAUUUUAGUACAAAUAAAAUGUUGUUUAUAUUC